AUGUCCCAAUAUGACGUCCGAACCCUCGGAGGAAGCCAUCGCCAACUUCGUCAGCUUCACCAGCACCUCCCGCGAACAAGCCAUUACCUUUCUCAAGUACGUCCUCUCUUGUUUCAGUCGCAAUGGCUAUAUCAGGUUCCUCAUACUAACCGUCACCCUUCAGGCUUCCACAUAGAACACCCUGAUCCUCUUCCUGACCCCGCCUUAGUCGCCCCGACCCGCCCACCAUCAACGUUGGACCUGAAGGACCAAGCACAAACUCCCGAGUAUACACAACCAAAUCCGCCUCCCGCGCAGGCAGCGCCCGUCCAACCGCAAAAGGGGCUGACCCUGGCGGAGCAGGAGGAACAGGAGCUGCAGCAGGCUGUGGCCAUGUCCUUGAUCGGUCAACAAGAAACCGGGGUGACCUCGACGAACCGGUCAAACUUUGGCAAAGCUACACGCGACCACUACGAUGAAGGGGCUUGGGCAGUGACCUUGUUCAAUUCCAGUAGUCGCGAAAUCAUUAUCAGUCCGGAUCCCGCAGACCGCAAAAGGGUCAAUAAUGAGCCAGCCUUUCUUCGUCCAUGCCAGGAUAAUCUAUACCUCGGUGGGCUAUUGACGAUUCUCCACGCAAUUCCCCUGGCACGCGAGGCUCUCCUGUUCCGAAGUCGAACCCUUCCCAAGUAUGGCCAUGAUCCACAAUGGUGGAACGGACAACCCAUCAAUCUCCCGAAAAUCGUCACGAUGCAUGAUGCCCAUCACGGUGACACGGAAUGGGAUGAUAUUCUUUACGAGGUUCAGCGGCUCAUGGCUUUCUUGGACUCGACGGACCGUGCCUUUGGGAGCCCGGAUGCCCUCGCCGGUUUGAAGGGCAUGCCGUCCUACGAGUCCGAGGCCAGCAUCGGCAAAUCUCUCCAAGCCUGGCAGGAGGCGGCUGUCCGUGCGGACCCAGAAAACCAGCUCGCCGCCGUAUUUACGUCCACGGCAUACAAACAAACCCCCACGGACCUAGAGUACGAAGCUCCAAUCCACAGCGACUUCUCUACCUUGGAAGUCAGUGUGGAGCCCGACCACGGGCAAACCCUCUAUGACGCGCUAGAUCGCACCAUCUGGGCGGAUCAACUUGGCGAAGAAUUAGAUGAUGUGUGGCUAGAGCACAUCGCCGAGGUAUUCACAAUCCGGCUGGAUAGCCCCGACACGUCCAAGUCGCUUGAUGUGAAGAUACCCUCAACUUUCUACCCGGAUCGUUACCUUGCUAGCUGUAGGGAGAUGUCUCGUGAUUUCAGAGCCCGGCGACAGGAAAUGCGCCAGGAUAUUCUCAAGAUCGAGAACCUGGCCAACCGUUUCUCGGUCACUAAAUCUCUUGCUAGUAAAGGCCUGACGUCGAAACAGGUUUUGGAAAAGGCGACGGUGGCUCUAUCUGCGCUUCCGCAGAACCUGAGUCAGUCAGACAAUGAUCCGAAUCAAAUAACUGCGGAAGCAGAACGGGUAGUCAAUGAACUGCGCCAGGUUUGCAGCAAAUUAGAAGACAAACUCCAAGAGCUUGAACGGAGGAAGCAAGAUGCCACCGAGGCACUCCGCAACUACUCCAAGGCCCUCACAGAACCAUCAAAAUCUCUGGAUGAACCACCUCACAAUAAAUAUACACUUCGAGGUGUCUGCACCGAACCACAUGUGACCUAUGUUCUCCGUCCUCCUGCUGCAAGUCAGUCCGGCGCCGAGUCGUCGGAAUGUGAGUGGCAGUGGUGGCGGAUUAGCUUCUCCACGGAAGAUGCAAAGGCACGUCAUGCCGAGUCCAACGACCCAGAGCGCCCUGCCCCGAAAAAUGCGGAUGUCAUCGGGUAUACUGCACGUCAAGUCCGGGAGAUCGAGGUCCUACGUGCUGCUCGUGAAGAGUCCAAGAGUGUCCUUCUUGUCUAUGCGAACAACAAUGCCUUGAAGGUCCCAGUGGAGCCCGCUCCCCCACAGCUUCUCCAUCAGGAUUUUGUCGCCGCCGAUAACCGGGCCUUCGAAGCAGAGUUUCAGGAGUCGCAAACCACCGAACAACCCUCUGGCACGCAUGUUGAAAACCUGAUGGAUAUUGAUGAGCCUAUUACAGCUGACCAACAAGGCGCGUCGGCGGGACUUAGUCCUUCCAAAGUCAAUGUGUUCGACUAUCAGGUCCCCCAUUUUGAUGAGGAAAUGGGCCAAGCACAGGAGAUGCAGGAAAAGGGUAGGCCACCGCUAUUGAGUCGAGCUAACACGAACCCUACGAUGGAGUCCACGUGGCAUGGAUGA